AAUCGGUGGAUAAUUGUCCCAGUAAUUGCUAUGGGAAUGGAGACUGCGUGUCUGGCACUUGCCAUUGCUUCCUUGGCUUCCUGGGCCCUGACUGUGGUAGAGCAUCCUGCCCAGUCCUGUGCAGUGGAAACGGGCAGUACAUGAAGGGAAGGUGCUUGUGCCACAGCGGCUGGAAAGGCGCCGAAUGCGACGUCCCCACCAACCAGUGCAUCGAUGUCUCCUGCAAUAACCAUGGCACCUGCAUCAUGGGCACCUGCAUCUGCAACCCAGGGUACAAGGGGGAGAGCUGCGAAGAAGUGGACUGCAUGGACCCUACGUGCUCGGGACGCGGCGUGUGCGUGCGAGGAGAGUGUCACUGCUCCGUGGGCUGGGGAGGAACCAACUGCGAGACGCCGAGAGCCACGUGUCUGGACCAGUGCUCUGGACAUGGGACCUUCCUCCCGGACACCGGGCUCUGCAGCUGUGAUCCCAACUGGACUGGACACGAUUGCUCAAUCGAGAUUUGUGCAGCCGACUGCGGAGGACACGGCGUUUGUGUGGGAGGCACCUGCCGCUGCGAGGAGGGAUGGAUGGGCACGGCCUGUGAUCAGCGAGCGUGUCACCCGCGCUGCAACGAGCACGGGACGUGCCGGGAUGGCAAGUGUGAAUGCAGCCCAGGGUGGAACGGAGAGCACUGCAGUAUUGCUCACUAUCUGGAUAAGGUAGUGAAAGAGGGAUGCCCUGGCUUGUGCAACGGCAACGGCAGAUGCACCCUGGACAUGAACGGCUGGCACUGCGUCUGCCAGCUGGGCUGGCGAGGAGCAGGCUGCGACACCUCCAUGGAGACGGCGUGCGGCGACGGGAAGGACAACGACGGAG